AUGGAUCAUGAAGCUCUCACGAGCGCUCGUUGCCAAAUUGGACGUGGCUGCAGUGCAAUCCUCGGCGGGUCUGCGUUGCAGCAAGGUCAAUUGCUUGCAGAACCAAUCUUGCUUGGGACUGGUACACAGCGUCCUGGAGGCGGGCGUUCAGGAUUACGCGAUGACUGGCGUGCUGACGAUCCGAUGCAACGUGCAGGCUGCCUACGAGGCGCGCCAGAGGUCGCUGAUGAGCUUUGGCCUGUUCCGGAGACCUAUGGAGCAGCUGAUGGUGGCGCCUGGAGGUUGCACACGUCGAGUGCGGUCGAACUGGACUCCCCAAACAGAUCGGGCGCGGCGAAAACAAAGCCAGCGCGAAUCAGCGCAGACACUCUGGAAAUGGCUGCACGCGCAGGAUGGAGACAGGUGGGUGCUAGGUGGAAAAAGGGCCAGCUUCAGCGGACAUCAGGUCGCCUUGGGGUCGUGGGAAGGGUGAGGGCACUGAGGGGGCAGCAGCUGUUGCUCGCGACUGAUGAUUCAAUGAGGGCAGCGUGCCUUGCAUGGACAGGCUCCGUGCAGUUCCAAGGGCGCGGAGGGCACACAACGAGCCGGAUAGAGACACGGUCAAGCAGCGCGCAGCCGGUGGUCUGGACGUGUGUGCGACCGCGGGACGGAUUCGAAGUGGAGGAGCUUGCAGCGGAGUGGAAAGCCAACAGGCACGAAUUCGAUCAGCAAGGGCACCUUUGGGAGGGACCAAUUAAUGAGGGUACUGCUGCCCAGAACAAAGCCGGCCGCACGUGGGAAUCGUUCAAUCGAGGCCUCGUGUAUCUAAACAAGCCCGUCUAG